AGACGCUGAUUUUGAAGACCUAAAUUUUAGCUUAGUAAACACGGUAUCGUUGCUAUGGACACCGCCAAAGUAGAAGAACCGCAGGAAACGAAGAAGACGACUCUUACAGCUCAAACUCCAUUAUCUAUGUCGAUUUCAUCACUUCCAGAUGAAAUCGUUUUAAGUUUCUUAGCCCGGAUCUCUAAAUCUUACUACCGUUCCCUCUCUUUAGUCUCCAAGAGCUUUUACGCUCUUCUCUCUUCUACAGAGAUCUACGCGGCCCAAUCCCACAUCGGAGCCACAGAGCCUCGCCUCUACGUGUGCCUGUGGUUACUCAACAAGCAUCGCUGGUUCACUCUCGCCGAGAUUGAGGGUGAACUAAGUCUAGUACCGGUAAGGCUCUCUUCCUCGUUUCCUUUUACUCGAUUAAACUCAACCACUGUAGCUGCUGGUUCCGAAAUCUACAAAAUCGGCGGAACUGUCAAGGGAAAGCCAUCCAGAGCCGUUUUUGUACUGAAUUGUCAGACUCACAGGUGGCGUCAUGCUCCUAAGAUGAAGGUGUCAAGGGUACACGCAAAGUCUUGUUUUUUAGACGGGAAGAUAUAUGUAAUGGGAGGAUGCAGAAAGAGUGAGGAAGAAUCCAUGAAUUGGGGUGAGGUUUUCGACCUAAAGACUCGAACUUGGAAGCCGUUGCCUAGCCCUAGUGAUGGUGCCGUCGAUUCGAAUCACAAAGUAGCAGUUUUUGGAGAAAGGCUAUACGUAAUCACCAAGCAUAAAAAAUAUGCAUAUGAUCCGAAAGAAGGAAGAUGGCUAGCAGAGGUGGGGUUUGUGGAUCUAGAACCUAUAACUGGAACUCGGUCCGGUGGCAUAGAAAAAGUUAUGCAACCUAUAACUGGACCUUGGUGCGUUAUAGGAAAUGUAAUGUUUACUGAGGAGUACAAUAAGUACAAGUGGUUUUGCUCAAGGCGUGGAGUGUGGCUAAGAGUUGAAGGUUUGAAUGAUCUUGAAGGUUUGAAUGAUCUAUACGAAAAGCGUGGUUUUCAUUAUUACCGUACGAUUAAGUUAGUUAACUAUGGUGGGAAACUGUUAAUUAUAUGGCACAACUGGAUUCACAGUGAAGAGAGGACAAUUUGGUGUGCGGUGAUUCGGUUGGAGGAGCGUAUGUUACCCCAUUUUGGACCCUGGAUCUGCGGGGAGGUUGAGAGCUGUAAUGUUGUUGUGCCUAGCGUCCCCAAGUCUUAUAAGCUCUCAAGCUGCCAAUGUGUUUUUGUCUGAAACUCAUCUUUGUUUUCAACAUAUUAUUUGGGGUUUUGUUUCUCAUAGGAUGCAAUCAUGCGAUUGGUCACUGUAGGUUUUUUUUUUU